CAAAGAUUGGCCGAGAAAAAGAGUUGGAUGAUACUAUACAACAUCUUAGGGGAAAGAAGGCAGAUAUUUAUUUAGAAGUGGCUGAGAUCAGGGGCUAUACGAAAACUUUUGACUAGCUCCCCAAAAUGAGCAUUCUAAACUUGUUUGAAUGAACAUAUGCUCAUCCACUAACUAUUGGAGUUGGACUAGUGUUACUAGUACAAUUUGGAGGGAACAACGGAAUUUUGUGCUACACCAGUUCAAUAGUUCAAUUUUUGAAGCCGCUGGCUGUUCAGUUAGUGUUGGGACAACAGUAAUGGCUAUUAUUCAGAUUCCCUUCACUGCAUUGAAUGUAUUUAUAGUGGAUAAAUCCGGCCGACGAUCACUUUUGAUGGUUUCUGCGGCAGGAACAUGCUUGGGAAACAUUCUUGUUGGGCUGGGAUUUCUGUUCCAGGGUUUUUAUUACUCAAGCGAGCUCUGUGCUAUACUGGUGUCAUGUGGCAUACUGGUAUAUUUUGCAUCCUGUGCAGCAGGCAUGAAUGCCACACCAUUUGUCCUCAUGUCAGAGAUAUUCCCCGUGAACAUAACGGGCUCAGCUGGAAGCCUUGUGACUUUUGUCUACUGGUUUAGUGCAUGGAUUGUUUCCUACAGCUUUACCUUCUUAUUUGACUGGAGCUCACCAGGUGAUGCUUUUGAGUAUUCUUCAUGUUUGCUGUGAUGUGUGGCUCAACCAUUCUAUUUGUGGCAAAGUUGGUGCCUGAGACGAAGGGUCGAUCUCUAGAAGAAAUACAAGCAUCCAUGACUCAUGUUCUGCAAUGACACUUCAAUGAAUACUACUAGGGAGAUAUUCCAUACAGUACCUGCAUCACAAUUCCUCGAAAUUUAAAUGAAUAAAUGUAAGAUGCAGUUUUCAUUUUCCUCAUAGAAGGUUUCACGACAUCAUGAUUUUCUUGAUGUUAAAAUUGCGUUAGUCUCGGUGGUUAUUUUUAGCUAUUGUGAUCAUCGAAAUGUGCCACCAGUGAAGGCCAUUUUUUUCUUCUUGUUUGUUUAAGGGCGUUUUAAAGUGUUUUUGGGCAAAAGAUAGCUUCAUUUAAAUGGAAAAAUAUUGAUACGAGUUUGUAACAA